AUUUUUACGCUCAGAGCGGAUAAGUGUCUGCUGCAAGUAAGUCCGGCUCUGUCUAACACUGCUUGUUUAUAUGUCAGGGGAGGAAACUGCAAGACCACAUUCAGACAACAAGACUCUACAGAUGGAGAUGCCAGCAAGGUCCAAGGAUUUACUAGUUCGAUGUUCUUGCUGAGUUUCUUCAGUUCCCCCCGAAUUGGGCUGAGACCAUGAAUAGCGAACAAGAUGAACCCAUCGGGGGCUUAUAAGAGGCACCCUAGAACAGGUUGCCUUGUACAGUGGAGAUGAUUUAAAUUUAGCCUCUACACAUCCAACAAUGAACAACAGCUGGACCCCCCCUCCGUAUGGCGGACCCACGUUCCCAUCCAAUACCACACAUCUCACUCAACAAAAGAUAUCAGUGUUCUUUUCCAUCGUUUUCAUGACUGUGGGAAUUACAUCGAACAGCCUCGCCAUAGCAAUACUCUUGAAAGCCUACCAAAGAUUUAGGAAAAAGUCUAAGGCCUCGUUCUUGUUGUUUGCCAGUGGCUUGGUCAUCACGGACCUCUUUGGCCACCUCAUUAAUGGAACCAUAGCUGUGUACGUCUAUGCAUCAGAUAGGAACUGGUCGAAACUCGACCACGCCAAUGUUCUCUGCAGUAUCUUUGGCAUGUGCAUGGUGUUCUUUGGACUAUGUCCGCUGUUGCUUGGGAGCGUCAUGGCAGUGGAACGGUGCAUCGGAGUCACGGAGCCAAUUUUUCAUUCAACCACCAUGACGUCAAGGCACGCCAAAAUCAUUUUGACUUUCGUUUGGCUGUUUGCCAUCCUGGUGGCUUUGCUGCCAAUAUUGACUUUAAGAUCUUAUCACAUCCAGGCCACCAAGACGUGGUGCUUUCUAAAGACGGAGCAGAUCGAAAACUGGUUGGAUCAGUUUCAUCUUCUGCUGUUCUCAUUUCUGGGGCUCUUGUCUCUGGCCAUCUCAUUCCUAUGCAAUGCUAUCACUGGAAUAACGUUACUGAGAUCCAGGAUGAAAAGCCAGCAGCACAGACAAGGCAGAUCACACCAUAUAGAGAUGAUAAUCCAGCUCCUGGCCAUCAUGUGUGUCUCUUGUAUUUGCUGGGCUCCUUUCUUGUUCACCAUGGCCAACAUUGGAUUAAAGAGAUAUGGUUCCCAAUCCCAAGAGACUAACGCGAUCAUUCUUUUUGCCCUACGAAUGGCCACGUGGAAUCAAAUACUUGACCCGUGGGUGUACAUCCUGUUGCGGAAGACAGUCCUCAGAAAACUUUUCAGGAUUGCCCGCCGCUGCUGCGGGAUGGAAGUCAUUAGUUUACACGCUUGGGAAUUCAGCUCCAUCAAGAACUCUCUGAAAGUCGCCACCAUAUCGGACUCUCCAAGUUGCACGCGAACAAACACAUUCAGCAACUCCAAAAAAUCUGAUACAGAACAAAAAUGUGAACUCAUUGAAACAAAAUAAGCCAUUUUUAAGAGGCACUCUGAUUCUGCUGUUAGCUGGUAGUGCAUAAAGUGCUAUUAAUACGACCAGUAAGGCGAUGGUUCAAUGAUUGCCAAUCACAUGGGUCUAUUGAAUGAAGCCAAGUAGGCUAGAGUGAUAUCUCAUCAGAGAUAGACAAGAGCACAUCAGUACUAAAUAACUAGUUGGUUUAUUUGCCUUACAGUACUGUAAGUCAAAAAUGUAAUAUCCUAAAACGGGUCAUGUGACAGUUACUCCUAGUACAUAACUUCUAGAAUGAUGGACAUCACCGUUUGUCCAAUCAGAAGUCUAA